GGGCCGUCAGGCUGUGCAGUGCUCCGCGGUGCCGCGAUGAUCAUGCAUGCCGCUGCCGGGAUGCCGGAACCUGGCCGUGGUGCUCCUCGCGAUGCUCCUGCUGCUUCUGGUCGCCGCGUCAGCGAGGGCGCGCGCCGCUUCGGUGGCCGACGUCAGCGCCGAAGAUGCCGACGACAACACGAGCAGGCGACAGCUCUCAGGAGACGACGGUGCGCCGGCUGCGACACGGACGGGCGCGUGCAGCCGCAGCGAUAGCUGCUGCUAGUGCGGAUGCCGACGAACUGGGCGAAGGCUCCUCCUCAUCCGAGGAGCAGGACAGUGGUGGCAUGGUAGCUGACGACCCCAACGACGCCGCCAACGAGGCCGUCAAGCAUCCGCGCGGCACGAGCCGCUACCUGCAGCUCUACUGUCGCACUGGAUACAACCUGGUCAUCCACGCCAACGGGAAGGUCAACGGGACCAGGGAGGACCGGAACCGAUACGCCGUCCUGGAGAUGAACGCGGUGGCGGUGAAGCUGUACAGUAUUCGUGGAGUGGUCAGCAAACGCUACCUCUGCAUGAACCGCAAGGGACAGCUCUCUGGACAGAAGCGACGCUCGGAGAAGUGCAUCUUCCAAGUGAACGAGCUGCCCAACUCGUACACCACUUACUCGUCCAUGCGCUACUCACGUGGUACACGCUGGCGCUGGUACCUGUCCAUCGGCAAGAACGGACACGUCAAGAGGGGCCGCAGGCCGCGACAGAAAGGCACCAACUUCCUGCCCCGAAGCGUCAAGGACUUCAAGCCAUGAGCCCCGAAGACCUGCGCUGUACCGAACAUCACUAACCGUCGUUCUCUCUUCACCCAAACAACAAAACAACACAAAAAACCCGAGGCCUCCCUGCUAAUGGCGAGACUAUUCGGUGCGACUGUUACCCCGUGUCAGGUGGCUCACGGCAUCGCCGGGGACAGCACCAAAGUGAGAAACCGGCCACGCCGGACUAAUCCUGCUGCAGUGCCGUUGUUCGAGUCUCCGAGAUCAACGACAUAUUUCGACGAUGCCGUGCCGCUUCACAGUUACCAGUGACCGGCACGGUCACCGCUCCAUGACCGCCUUCCACCAGAGGUCGCCCCGACUCGUCCGCUCACAUCGGGCCGACGUGUCUUGCUCCAGGGUCUUGUGCCGACCCUGGCUGUGCUCGUUUCAGCACUUUUCUGCGGCCACACGCUUUCUUUGCCGCAGAUUUCCUUUCUUCGUUUCGCUAGAACAAGAACUACGGUGGUGCGUUUCACAUUUCGCCACUUAUAGUUCUCUCGCCGUGCGCUUAUCGGCGCGCGAUAAUAUCGUUGAUGAACGCAGAAGCGAACCCACUAUGGCAGCUCUCGUUCUAGUACGAAGAAAAGUUCACUGUGAGGCCCUGUGUACGAUUAAGUGACUCCUAUAGACGUUUACGUCUCUACCAAGCUGCUUCGUGUGCAUAGGCCGAAUGAAUGUAGUUUUGGUUCACCCCUGUCUUCUUGCAUUGCCAAGGACAAAAUUCUGUCAAUAGUCCGCUACUGAACCACAAUAGCGACGGCUAACUGCAUACUGUAACUGUCAUUACGUCGUAAAUUUGUGUUCGGUUGGUAGACGGCAACGAAUGUUCGCAGUAUUUCCUAAAUCUUGAGACGACAGGUCGUGUGCCCAGUUUUGAUACAAGAACAUUUGGCGACCUUGUGUUAGCAUCCCGAAAGCAUAUGUGUAACUUGUUUUGUUCUUCGUAUAAAAGAAGAUGCAUUGCGAUGUUAGUACGACACUUGUGUACGUCUCUGUUGGCGUGUGCUACAUGCCUGGUUGCACUUCUAGGAGUGUUGACUGAAUGCAAUGGUACCGGCACACGCAAUUGUUUGGUGUCGCUGGAUUCAACGUUGACGUCUGGACUUCGUGUGCUUUUCUGGCGACGCUUGGAGACCAUUGCAGAGUGGGGGUGCAACAUGCACACUUGUGGAACGGACAAAGGCUGUGCUAUCUCGAGUUACUACAGUAUCGUGUACGUGCAUGUUUUCUUGUUUAUUUUUGUCUUUUUGUGAGGCACAAAAAGGCUGCUCGCAGCCACGAAAGAAGCUGGUGUCUCCGCAAGCGCCGUACUGUGACUCGAGGAUUUGUGACGACGCGCCGAUGCAAUGCGCUCCCUGCGUUUUGCGAUGUGUAUAAUAACGCUAUAGCUUCGCAACACCGACUAAGCGAAGUUGUACAUUUUCCGGUGAAGAAGUGUGCCCUCACGUGACGUCGGACGAGGUGGAUGACGUAAAAUUCACAAAGUCCGCCUAUGCUACCUCGUAGCCAUAGGCGUGUUCAGGGUUUCGCCAUUACAUGUAAAGGGGAGGGGGCGCGGGAUUAUCGCAGCACCCCCCCCCCCAAUCUUCCGUCGCCAUUGUUCAAGUCCGAAAAAACACGGUUCUUCAUGGGUGCUCUUUAAACAAUGGCUGGGACAGAUCCGACUGAUUAACGGUAUGGGGCAGACUCAAACCCCCUUCCCCUCUACCCUGUGCGCACGCCUAUGUGCUUCGUGUAAUUCGGUAUUAAUGCCCUCUGUAGGCGACAGCCGCGCACACAGAUAUUAUGGGACGUCCUGCCUGGGGCACGUGCAGUGUAUUACCGCUGAUAUCACUUCGUCGUCCGUGACCACUUCUUUGUAUACGUGCACGGCCUCACUUAAACUGGCUGUCUCAGUGCAGGCAUUCGUAACGAGCUGCUACUAGCCGCGCAUUUUUACUGUUUUGUACUGCCAUAGCUAUAAAUAACUGCUUUAAGAAUUGUGUUGUGUUUUUUGUAUAUAGUUGAGAGACACACGGACUUAAGCAAACCACGACGUGGCGUCUGAAGUGGGUCUUCCUGGUGUUCAGAUUUUUUUUUUAUUUAGCGUGUGUGUUUGCGUAUGAAGUACACGUUCGAUUGUUUCCCGUAUUUCUGUUCCUUUCUUAGUAAAAUACAGGAGCCCUGGCGCUAGCAAGAGUUCAAAAGAUCUGAAAGACUAAAAAAAAAAAAAAAAAAAUCGUAUGUUGAUAGGAUUUGGGGAUUCAAUCCUCUAAGCCUCGUCCUUCAUUUCUCCAAUGUCUUCUUUUUUAUUCGCUUCUUUACGUUAAACGAGAGGAAACGCUUGCUCUCAAUGCACUGUGCAAAUAUUUGUGAGAGUUGUAGCAAGGCUCAAACAUGUAUACCGUUCACUGUAGAGAGUAGAAACCAACUACGCCGUUGAGCGCUCACUUGGUAGCCUUCGUGAAUGAAUAGCUUACACGUGGUCUAUAAAUUCCCAGUUGAGCCGAGGUUCACCGCUAAAGCUUGAACCAGUGCGAUGAGCAGUGAUAGGUGCAAAUAUUUAUCACCUCUAGCACACUUAUCCCGGCUCACGCACCUCCAGUGUUUUCUAUGAUUUGACGGAAUAGCCUCACAUUAUUUAUUUUGUGCUCAUUUUCCGCAAAAGCCUCAUCACUUUUUUUUUCUUUUCUUUUCCUUUUUAAAAUGUCAACAAAAAAUUACGGACGCUUCCGCAAUUGUCUUUAUUAUUCUUUAUUUACCUUAUUUAUUAACAUUGUAUCACAGGCAGCACUGUCUUUGAAAAAUGCAUUUGCUGCCUUCACUCAUUUUUCCAACACAUUCUUUCUCAUACAACGAAAAAAAAA